AUGUCCCGAGCUGCAGGCAUCUCCGACAUCCCACAAGAGAUUUUGGGGGUAAUCCUGGAUUCGCUGGGGCCAGACUCCUGGAAGGCAUGCUCCCUCAUUUCCAACCACUUCCGCAAUGCCUGUCAGAAGCGACUCUUUUCAAAAAUCUCUUUCGCGGAGUUCGACUUUAACAACUACCACACGGCGGAAGCAUUGGAAACGGCCAAAUUGCAAUCACUGCUGGACGUGCUCGAGAGUUCCCAUCGAUUAGCCGACUGUGUCAGGCUUCUUGACGUUCGAUUUCACCGUUGCCAAGAGAAUGACGCUCUGCCCACUCGUCUCUUCCACCGCUGCUUCCCGCUCCUCGUCAAUUUGGAGCAGUUUGACGUGGAAGUGUUUGGUCCGCCAUUGGAUUUGAGCGCUCUGGUCGAGUUGAACUAUGAUGCGGUCCUCCCCAAGAUGCGACAGAUUUAUCUCAGGGAUUUCAGUGUCUUCCCUGCUCGUUUCCUCGCCCAGUUCCCGAAUUUACAGUUCCUGGAUCUGGUCCAGGUUGGAUUUGGGGAAAUCGAUGAACAGGACGAAAUUGUUGGGAAGUCCAACGCCGGUUCAGACAACCUCGAGCGGCCAAAGCCCAGGGUUUGGAGGGUUAAACCAGGGAAACCGGUGGAUAUCCAGAAUUUCUUCAUGGCGGCGUUGAAAGACGUGCGGUUUUCUCAACAAGUUGUCUCGAGUAAUCUGACAGCGCUCACGCUGGACUGCUGGGAGCACUGUCGUGGUCAUGAGGAGCACGAAUGGGUACAACCCCACCAGGCUUUUUAUGACUUCCUUGUCGCAUGUUCUGGGACGUUGGAGAGGCUUCACGUUGCCUUCAAUUGGCAUCACCUCGGUGCACUUACGCGGUUGACGAAAGAUGCGCCGGUUCCUUUCAAGAGGCUUGAAGAAAUCUAUUUCAAUAUCCCAGUUGCUUGGGAGACCUUUCCUGUGCGGGACGAUGACUCGGAAGGCCCUUCGAACGACAUUGUGAUUGCGCCGUGGUUGAAGCAGUUGGCUUCCCUCACAUCUCUGAAAACAUUCUACCUUCAAAUGAACCUCCUCGGAUCUGUCAUUGGAAAUGUUGAAUUCGCCCGCCUUCCUAUUAUCGACACGCUCCUCGAUUUACAGUCCCACUGGCUCACUUUGCCUUCUCUUCCCUUUAUUCACCUCGCACUCUCACUUCGAGGAGACCCGAUUCAAGACCGGGACCGAACCUAUGUCGAAGACAGGUUAUCCAGAAUGAUGGACACGGGGAAGUUCCAAGUUUGUGCUUGGGGGGAGCCCCACGACGUAGAUGAAGCAUGGGCAUAUGGAAACCAUGAAUGUAGGAAACCGUACUUUUAUCGUCCUCUUCAAAGGGGGUUAAGCAUUGGGAUUCCGUAUACUCGAGAGGAGGUCGCCUAG